AUGAAGUCUCGAGCUCUGCAUCAAGUCGCCCUGAGGAGGGCUACACUUGCCAAACCACAUGUAACACCUCUCGCUUUUCGAUCAGCGAGUAGUGUAUCGCAGCGACCCAACUCGAACUUUGUCUCUUUUCCCGGUGCACUAAAGAGCGCUUUCACAAGCACGCUCAAAUUCGAAUCCCCCGAGUCGUACCCUGCCUUGUCGACGUAUCGCGUUGUAGACCAGCAUGGAGUAGUGGUGGAUGAAUCGUUCAAGCCAGAUAUCUCCGACGAGGAGGUUAUUCGCCUCUAUAAAGAUAUGGUGUUUAUCUCAAUUAUGGAUCUAAUAAUGUUUGAUGCGCAAAGACAAGGUCGAUUGAGCUUCUACAUGGUCAGCGCGGGCGAGGAGGCCGUCAGUAUCGGCAGCUCAAGCGUGUUAGACCCAGAGGAUGUCAUGUUUACACAAUAUCGAGAGCAGGGCGUUUUCAAAGAGAGAGGAUUUACAGCAACAGACUUCAUGAGUCAAUUGUUUGGUAACAUAAAGGACCCAAGUCGAGGACGCAGUAUGCCCGUCCACUACGGAAGUAAAGAGCUGAAUAUUCACUCCGUUUCAUCACCGUUAGCAACACAACUUCCUCAAGCUUCAGGAGCCGCAUAUGCUCUAAAGAUGCAAAAACUCCAGAACCCGAGUUCCAAGGCUCGUGUGGUUGCGGCAUACUUUGGUGAGGGUGCAGCGAGUGAAGGUGAUUUCCAUGCUGCUCUCAACAUCGCGGCUACGAGAUCUUGCCCCGCCAUCUUUAUCUGCAGAAACAACGGUUUCGCUAUCUCAACACCCACACUAGACCAAUACCGUGGCGAUGGUAUUGCCAGUCGUGGUAUUGGUUAUGGCAUUGAUACCAUUCGAAUCGAUGGUAACGAUAUCUGGGCAGUCCGAGAGGCCACUAAGAAAGCCCGCGAAAUGGCACUUGAAGACGGCGGCAAGCCGGUCCUAAUUGAGGCUAUGACCUACCGUGUUUCACACCACAGCACCUCUGACGACUCAUUCGCCUACCGUGCGCGUGUCGAAGUUGAAGACUGGAAGCGCCGCGACAACCCCAUCACACGCCUGCGCAAGUGGAUGGAGGCCAAGGGCAUCUGGGACGAGGCCAAAGAGAAAGAGGCCCGAAGCGCUUUACGAAAGGAGAUUCUCAAGGCGUUUAGCGAAGCAGAGCGUGAAAAGAAGCCACCGAUUCGAGGCAUGUUUGAAGACAUGUAUGAGGAAAUGACAGAUGACUUGAAGGCUCAGAUGAAGGAGCUCAAGAGCAUGAUGGACAAAUACCCCGAGGAGUAUGAUGUCUCUGAGUUCGAGGGUGGUAAGGAUAGUUUGAACCCAUAG